AUGCUGCUCAAACGCAAGCGGUCGGAUGACGAGCUUUCAUCCUUCAGCGGCCCCUCCCCGCUCAAAACCGCGUCCUCCGGCGACGGCACCACGCUGGACAUGGACGUCGACAUGGACAUGGACCCGUGUAUCGACAAACCCCUCUCAGCCUUGACCAUCCGCUCCCCGACCCGCUCAUGCACGCCCUCUCAUCUGCCCAGCCGAACCUUCAAGCGCCUGCGCAACGGACGUCCCUCGGACCGCGAGGUUCACCAGAACACCCUGCAGAUACUGUACCGCGCUCAGCAACGGCCCCAGGAGCCCCGGCAUGGACCCUCCCCGCAGCCCUCCGCCAGCCCCUCGAUCCCGCCCUCUCCUGUGGCUGCCGCGCAGAGCCAGCGUUCACUGCACAGCUUCUGGGACAUCCCUUCCAGCCGUCAGCCGCCACCGGAACCGGCCCUCUCCGCUUCCCUACGAGGACCUUCUGUCGAGGACAUGGUCGAUCGACCUACCACCUGUGGCGACUGCGGCGUUGAGCUGGGCGGUGAAGAUGCAGCAGUUGAUGAUGGCUAUGGUUUCGAGACAUACAUCAGCUCCUGCAGCCUCUGCUGUAGGGCUGUGUGCUUCUCGUGCUCAGUGAGUAACCUAGGCGAGCAGCGCCGGUGUCUCGUCUGCGCUGGCAAGGAGGACAGACAAAAGAGGUGGGUUGGUACCAAUAACUGGGCCUCGGAGCCCAUGUCGGUUUACUAG